AUUCAUCAGGAAAUAAAAUGGACAUUUUUUUGAUUUUUCAUUGAUUUUCAGUAAACAAAUACAAACAUAAAUAACAUAAAAGCAGAUCACAGAAGCAGGAAGACAAAGAAACAAGCACGGCGGAGCUUUCCGGGUAACAGAUCGGAGUCCGAUUUGGGGAAUCCCACCCACGGGAUCAAGCCCAGAUCCUUCCCCUCACUGCCUCCCCAAAAAGACUCCUCUGUUGCGGGAAAAUACCUAGCAAAAGAAGGCUGAAAUAUCGCCGGAAUCUUGCCGGAAUCAGCUCGAUUUUCUUCUCUCUCCUUUUCCCCGAAACCCAGAACAAUGACUCCCAAAUCAAACUCCAAAAUCAAAAAAAGACCCCCCUCCGAUCAAACUCCAAAAUCAGAACCCCCGGCCUCAAUACCAAAAGAAAUCCCCUUCCAGCUCCGAAAUCAACCAGAAAAACCCCCAAAAACCGAACUCCAAAAUCCACUCAAAAUCAAACUCCAAAUAUCAAUCAACCACAGACCCUUCCUCUAAAUCAAACUUCAAAAACUCUCCAACCCUCCUCCCCUUUUGAUUUUUUUUUUCAUAUAUAUAUACCCAAAUAAAAAAUAAAAUAAAUAAAAAGGCUUGCUCCUGUCAAUCAGUAAUGAUGAAGAUUUCGUCUAGCAUGUACUGUAGCGAGCAGGAGUGCAGGCGCGGUGUGCAGGGAGGCGGGGGCGUGGAGUGCUGAUGAUGGCUCGGGCGUGCGGGGGCAUCAUUACCGGCAGUGGGGCGCAGCAAAGCAAGCAGAGUGCAGGCGAUCUGGUGCAGAGCAAAGCUGGUGCAGGAAGCAAGGCCGGGCACAGCAGAGUGCAGGCUGGGGCAGAGUGCAGACGAUCUGGGCGCAGAGCAGGGAGCAGGGGCGUAGGUGCAGGGCUGGUGCAGCAAGGCUGGGCGUGCGAGGGGCGAUGAUGGCUCGGGCGUGCAGAGCUGGUUGCAGGUGUGUGAUGGUGUGAUGAUGGCUAGUCCGGUGAUAGGGGGUAGGGCGCGGUGCGGGGCAGGUGCAGGUUAGGGGUCUGGAAAACAAGCCGAGCUCGGGUGAGGAUGCAGAGCAGGGACGCUGGGCGGGCGCAAGGCUGGUUCAGGAGAGAGAAGAAAAAUGAAAAAAAUUGAUGGGGGGGGAAUGGGAAAGUUCCAGAUGUCUUCCCUUUUUUUGGGUUCUCCUUUUUUUUUUUUGGGUUUGGUAUUUGGGUUUGGAUAAUUUAGUGGGUUUUAGUUGGGUUUGGGUCUUGGUUUAAAUUUGCUGGUGGGCUCAAUAAUGGGGUUUGGGCUAGAUUGUGGGUUUUGGUGAUUUUUCAUCCUCAGCCUUUCAAUUUCUUCGAUUGAGUCCUCUUUCUUGAGUUUCUUUUCCAAUUUCUUCUUAAAUUUCUUGUUGCAUGUAGUCCCUGAAACAAAAAUAAAAAUAUAGAUAGCUU